AUGUCAAGCGAAAGACAAGCAGCAGAUGCUAUCCGAUUUUAUGACUCGAAGUCCUGGGAUUACGAUGCUACCUGGCACAACGAUUUCACCAGGCGAUUCAUUUCCCAUCUCGACAUACAGCCAGGCCAACAGAUACUGGAUCUGGCGUGUGGCACCGGACUAUUGACUUUCCGUGAGUCCGAGGCAGUAGGACCACAGGGGCAUAUCGUCGGAAUUGAUGUCACCCCUGGUAUGCUCGCGGUCGCUACUCACAGACAGACUCAAGGAGGCGACAAAUACGCAAAUACGACUUUCCUCAAGGGCGACGCUUUGCACCUGGACGAGACGGAAGAGCUCAAGGGAAUGCAAUUUGAUGUCAUCACAGUGGCUUCUGCUCUAGUCUUAUUCCCCGAUCCAAAGGCUGCUAUUGAGCACUGGGUAGAAUUCCUGAAGCCUGGAGGUGUCAUUGCAAUGGACGCGACACACCCAAGGAACUUGGUCUCCGGCAUGGUACUUGAGAGGGUAGCUCGCAGACUGGAGCUUCCCAUUCCCUACAAUCGGUCAUGGAGCAAAUCAGAAGAUACCUUGAAGCAAAUGUUAGAGUCCGCGGGAUUGGAGGUAGACGAAGUUCUUACUGUAGAGAAUCAAGCGGGAUAUGGCAGGCGUUUCUAUGAGAUGGAGCAAUGGGACGACUUCUUUGUCGAAAACGUGAUCGUCAAAGACGUUGCAAGAACGUUUGCGAACAACGACAUCCGAAGGAAAGCGCAAGGCCUCUACAAGGAGGAGUGGGAAAAAUUGGCGAUAGACGGCAAGAUUGAGGAGAUCGACUCUGUUUUCCUCGGUAUUGCAAGGAGACCUGCAGACGGUUCGAGAUACGUACCGCAAGUCAUUCAAGACGAUGUUGUCUUCAGGGGCGGAUGCCGCUGCGGCGGGGUACAAUACACAUCGAGCGCUGCGCCCUCAGAUAUCACGCUGUGUCAUUGCCGCGCAUGCCAAAAAUUGUCAGGCUCUGGCUUCCUUCCAUUUACGCAUGUCCCCAGAGACAGUCUUUCUUUCACCCAUUCGGAUACGCGCACGGUUCUAAGAUUGUCGGAUGCUGCGGAACGAACCUUUUGCUCAGGUUGCGGUGCUCCAAUAUCCAUGUCUUACGCAUCCGAUCCCACCAAGAUGGCAUUGUGUAUGGCCACAGUCGACCUGGAAAGCCUCAAGACUGAGGUGGCACCAAAGGUUGUGCAGCAUAUAUUUCUACGAGAGAAGGCGCCUUGGGUGGUGCUACCCGAAGAUGGAACUGAGCGUUGGGGCACGUCAGAACAUGCUCACCUGUUCAUGCAGAAGUAG